AUGGGUGACUUCCGUGGGUUCAUCCACGGGCUCACUAGCUCAGCACGCCAAAUUCUCCACAAUGAGCUAUUAUUUACCGUCGAAAAUGGGUUAGUUCCAGCUAUUCCAUGGCAGGCAAUUUACGACGAUCCCACGGAGACAGCCCACGGGUGGAAUUUCUUAAAAGAUACCCGUACCCCAUGGCCCGUGGACGGCGAGCAAUGGCUGAUCGGCCGGGUCCGGCAGCACGGCAGCCCGGUACGGCAGCGAUUUAUCGAGAGUAGUGCCGGUCGUCUACCGUAUUUCCGUGAGAAGCUUGCUAUUGCUAUUCACGUGAGUGGUGGCCAGCCGGCUCGCGCACCCGAGCUAUUAAGCAUUCGGCAUUGCAAUACUGAUAGCGGGGGCCGUCGCAACGUAUUCAUUGAGGACGGGCUCGUUGUAUUUGUCUCACAAUACCAUAAGGGGUUUUACGCAUCCAAUGAUACUAAGGUGAUUCAUCGCUAUUUACCCCGUGAGGUAGGAGAGCUUGUGGUCUAUUAUUUAUGGCUAGUAUUGCCAUUUACACGGCGAUUGGAGGCGUACGUAGCGAAGGUGCGGAGAUUAGAUGGUGUGGAGGAGAUUAAAAGUAAAAUACGCCAGGCUUACCUCUGGGGUCCGGAUCCUGGCACUGGCCGAGAUUGGUCAUCCGAUAGACUCCGUGAAGUGCUAAAGCGAGAAACCACCAUUGGGCUUAAUGGUCAAGCUAUUCAUUUGAACGCUUACCGGGAUAUUGCUAUUGGCAUUAGCCGUCGCUUCAUACGGCCAUCUAGCGCGGCCCAUUUAUCGCACGUUGCCGGCAUGAUCUACAGUCGUGGCAUCACCGAGCAGCCCGGCUUUGUGUCCACGGAUGACGGGGGUGCCGAGAGUGCAUUAGGACUGGCCCAGUUUUCACCAUGGCAGAAGGAAGCUGAGAUAGGUCGUACGGAGCGUCGGUGGCAAUUG